AUGGAAGAGAACGCCGCGUAUCGUUCGUACGGCGAGGCGCUUCUCAACUGCUUCCGCGGCGGCGCGUUUUCCGCCAUCCUCGACAUCACGUUAUUCGUGGUGGGCGUGAGCAUUCAACACGUGCUGCUAAGUGCCGCGUUCACGCCCGUCAUGAGUGCCACGGAUAUCCCCAUGCCCAUGCUCGGGUUUAGCUCGUCGGUCGUGGGCAUCUACACCAAGGCCGCCGAGGUCGGCGCCGAUCUCGUCGGCAAGGUGGAGCAGGGCAUCCCCGAAGACGACCCGCGCAACCCGUCGGUGAUUGCCGACUUGAGCGUCGAGGUCAAGAUUGUCGGUGCCACUUCCCUCGACAAAGAAGGCGCGAUCGAGUCCGCCGUGUCGUUUGUGUCCUCCAUCGGAACCUUCUGCGUGACCGAGCCCAGACCAACCGAGUCGGACCCGAUGACCACGCUCCAACGCAGGUACUCGAUCGCAUUCUUGUUGGCGCUGGCGGGGUUAGGCCUGUCCAUGCGUUGCCUGAUUUUCGCGUCUGCCGCGCCCGGCGCGCGGUUGCACUUUUCCCUCGGCACUGGUGACCUCGUUUUCUCUCUUAUGCCAGUGGCAUCACGAUGA